AGAUAGAGGGCAGCAAUGUUAUUAGGUGAAAAGUUCCUUGUUUGGGCUUAGAGAGAUUUAAUUAGGUUACCGUGUAUCCCAAGGUUUCUCAAACCCUACUAAUCUUAUAGAUAUAUGUGUUAUGUUAUGGGCUGGGCUUUUUUACUGGUUGGGUAGGUUUAUGUGAAAUAUGAAGGAAAUAUCAGAAAUUACAAUUUAAAAGAAAAAAAAAAAAAGGAAAUACUAUGAAGGAACCACCAAACAAUUGAGGUGUGACCCUCACGGGAAUUUAUUUGCGACAUUUGUCUCUCAAUCGCUCGAGGCACUUAUAAAACCCUAAAACUCAAGAGCUAUCCUUCGCCGCUGGAUCCUCCUCAUACGUUGGUCAGAUUCUUUUAUCUCUCGGCGAGGUCAUCAUGCUCAUGCGUCAGAUGACGACGACUCAGAUAUUGUUAUACAACUCGAAUUUAGUCAGAAGGUUAAAGAGGACUACGCUCAUCGGUAGGAUAAUGAAUCCUGAGGUUCAGAAUAUUGACUCAUUGGUUACGACGAUGCCUAGACUCUGGAAACUAGAGGGUCGAGUGAAAGGGAUGGGCUUGGGAUCAGGAACGUUCAGGUUUGAUUUCGAGAGAGAGGAAGAUCUUCUGGAGGUGAUGACGAUGGGGCCUUUCCAUUUCAAUCACUGGAUGGUUUCCAUUGUUCGCUGGGAAAGGAUUAUACACAAGGACUACCCGUCGUCCAUCACGUUUUGGGUUCGAAUUGUUGGUCUUCAUCCGGAUCUCUGGACUUAUCAGAAUAUCCGGAUGAUCGGGGAUCAGCUGGGCACGGUUGAAGAAGUGGAUGAAGGGAACGCUAUGGUCAACGUGACUAUCGAUAGUACUAUGCCUUUGUGCUUCGAAAUGCCUGUUAAGUUUGAAACUGGUGGUGGGGAUGUGUUGGUGAAGAUGGAGUAUGAAAAGCUUUUCGGUUACUGUUCUUUUUGUUUUAGUCUUCGCCAUGAUGAACUAUCUUGCCCAGUAAGCGACUUGUGCAACUAGGAAGAGAAUUUUUCGAGUUAA